AUGACCGCACCCUCCUUGCUCUCGUCCAGUCGUCACGAGAUGAGCAGCUCAAUCCACGGCCUCGUAUCUGCACAACUACGUCCAACGGAGAAGCUCACAGCGUUGGUAGAGGCGGUCUACACCCUCGCGCCCGCCUUGGAUGGUAACUCCGAUAAUCAACGCGCGUCGCAGGGCAAUCUAGCACGGGUGGUCGCCGUUGUGACCCACACAGAUGCAUCAACAAACGUGGAGGAAGGCUGUAUUAUGCUGCGGCUUGCUGCGUCGCUGUCGCCUCUUCACGGUAUCCUCAUCCUGAGAGCCAAGCCUCAAGGUUCCGAUAAGGCUGUCUUGGACAUAGUGCGAGCAUAUCCAUUUAAGCCUCUCCUUUCAAUCAAUGUCGCGCAAGCCAGAAGGCCCACGUUGAACUUGGACUCGGCCGCGCAGAUUGACCAGUCCAGAUCAGAGUUCACACUCGUAAUCAAACCUGAUGGCGAUUCGUCUCUUCCUGUCACACUAAGGACUCGUGAUAUCACCAGCCUGCAGGCAGUCGUCUCCGAAUGCCGUCGUCUCAGGCAAUUGCAACAGGAUGUGAAGACGAAUAGCACCUUCACAUGGCUCUCCGCCUAUACAUCCAUGCAGAACUCCCUGACAUCACUGCUGCGGCCUGCUGAUCUGCGGAUCCUGAAUGAGCCCCUAAGCUCCCGGCUGUCGUCAGCGACGGCUGCCGACAUCGACAUCGUCCGGCAGCACUGGAUUCAUGACCAGGUCUUGAGCGACAAAGAUGAUUCAGACUACAAUUUGAGGAUUCGCGUUGGCACAUUUAAUGUCAACGGCCAGCUUCCCUCGCAAGAUCUAUCCGAAUGGGUGCAAAGCCAUCCAGGAAAGCUUCCUCCGCUCCACCCCGUGUCCCCUCUGCACUUCCGGGAGCUGGAUGACUACAUGUCGUCCACGAGCUCACCGAGUGCUCCUUCUAGAGGGUUGAUCAACUCGGACCGCACGCGCGUAGGAAGCGAGUCUGCCCCUUAUGCUGACCCGGACCUGAUCGUGGUUGGCUUCCAAGAGCUCGACUUAUCGACGGGGGCGUUGGUAUAUGCUGCGAAUAACGCCUUAGAGCAGCAGUGGGUCACUGCGAUUCUUGCUGGCCUCGGAGAGAAGGCAGAACAGUAUGAAAAGCUAGGUUCUAAGCAGCUCGUAGGUAUGCUGAUCAUAGCUUUCGUGAAGAAAUCGGUCAAGCGAUGCUUCAGCGACUUCAGCCUCACCGCUGCUGGUGCGGGUUUUCUUGGUGUUGCGUAUUGUCAGGGCAACAAAGGCGCGGUUGGGAUCCGUCUCAAGUUCUCUCCACCAACGAAAGAUGCUUCAGCAGGCGAAACGAAGCCCGUCGUCCUGACCUUCGUAAACGCACAUUUAGCCGCAUUUGACGAGAUGGCCGAAAAGCGGAACUACGACUUCCGGGAACUCGAGAAGCGUCUCCAAUUCGAUGAUCCUGUGGCGGCGGUUCCCGACUUCGAGACCAUGCCACGAACACCAUGGAAGAUAUACGAUUCCGACGCCCUGUUUUGGAUGAGUAGGGAGGUGAAUGCGUCGAGUGGCGUUAGUGCUAGGGAUCUCACUAACCUUUGUAUAAUCGUUUCGUUGCAAGAUCUGAACUACAGGUUAGACCUCCCGGAUAGCGAGAUACGGGAGCUACUGAACAUGGAACUGCCCAAUGACAACAACUUAGACAAGCUAUUGGAGUACGAUCAGCUUAAGAACGCGAUUAAAGCCGGUUCUGCAUUCGUCGGCUUCAGAGAACACGACAUCACGCAUUUGCCCUCAUAUCGGUUCUCGUCGGGUAUCCUCAAGGAUAGGCUUGGAUAUGACAUAAAGCGCAAACCCGCUUGGACUGACCGCAUCCUGCACAUGGCAAGCCCUUAUCUCAAGGUACAGCAGCUCUCGUACCUCAGCCACCCUCAAGUUACCUUCAGCGACCACCGCCCUGUGUCCGCUGAGUUCUCGCUUGACGUUCCCGUACGGAACAAGGAUCGGGCAGAAGACAUGGCGCGUCGGCUGCAGAGGGAGAUGUGGGGCUUCGAGGAGAGCGGUAAGAUUCCGAAGAUCAGUCUGGGGGAGACGACGUCUUUGGACUUCGGAAAGGUUUUCUAUCGUCAGCCGAUACGGAAGUGCUUUGAGAUUCGGAAUGUUGGGGAGAUACCAUGUGUCUUCCGAUUCGUGCCAAUGGAUAUCGGUCAGCCGACGUGUCCAGAGUGGCUUCAGAUCAGUACACAAGCAGGUCUCUUGUGUCCGGGAGAAACUACGAACGUGGAGCUGACAGCCUGGGUUGACAACGGCAUUGCCGCGAAGCUCAACCUUGGGCCGAAACCAAUCGACUGCACGCUCAUUCUACACACUGCUAUUGGCAAGGAUCAUUUCAUCCCUGUCAGCGCAGAGUAUCAGUAUACCUGUUUCGCAAACAAACUUUCUCGGCUCACAAGACUCCCUGCGUCGAUACGGUCCCUCGAGAAACCAGAUGCUGUCAUCUCAGGAAACCCGUUCAACGCGCCGAGAGAGUUCAUACGGCUCAUUAACUGGAUGAUGUCCAAUGUCAAAGAUGUCAAUCUGUUGAUGACGCACGAGGUGAAUGAGGAGCUGGCAACGUCCAUCCAAGAGAGUCUCGACACGGGGGACGCAUUUCCCGAGGCAAACUCGGACGAGAUGAAGCAGCAGCUCGCAGGCGCAUUUGGAGUGACACUACUCCGGUUCCUCGGCGCGCUUCCCGAGCCCGUUGUGCCCCCCGAGUUGCAUACACGGUUGACAGGGGCUACCAAUAGGGACGAGGCAUUUGAAGCACUCGAAGAGUUCCCGCCGGAUUCGGUCAACGUGUGGAUAUCCCUCACGGCCUUCCUGCAUUAUGCAGUUCAGCAGGCAGUCAGCACAGCGGAAGAGGAAAACUCGGAAAAGAGGGAGGCACCGUCGGAGGUGGUUGUUGCCAACAAUCUAGCCCUGGUUUAUGCCCCCAUAAUCAUGCGCGAUGAUCCGGAUAACAAGCAGGGAAGGAUUACACCGUUGCAGAAGAGGGAUUUCUUGCUUCAUUUCAUUAGCUGAGU